CAGUGUUCUGUCAAAUGAGAGAAUUAUAUUGUGAGUUUGAUGCCCAUACAUACAAUACAAUUAUUAAACCUCUAUUGCAGAAAGAGAUGUAUUUGCUAGUGUUUGCGCUGUAUAAUCUGAUGAUAAAGUUAAAUUGCUGUCCUGAUGAUUAUACUUACUCUUUGUUGAUUGAUGGAUUCUGUAAAUGUGGAAGGAGUGAUGAAGUUAUUGAAAUUCUUGAAGACAUGGACCGCAGUAACAUACGGCCAAGCAUGACAGCAUUUACUUCUAUUCUUUCUGGUCUGUGUCAGGGAAAGAAAGUAGAUUAUGCAUAUAGAUUGUUCAACAAGGUGAAAGGAAAUUGGUUUCAACCUGAUCUAAUAACUUACAGUGUUUUACUUGAUGGGUUUUGCAAGCUAGGGAGGUUCGACGAAGCCUUAGCCAUGGUGCAGUUGUUAGAGAGGGACGGGUUUUCUCUUGGAGUUGAUAAUUACAGUUGUAUUAUCGAUGGCUUAUUUAGGGCCAGGAGAUAUCGUGAAGCAUUUUCAUGGUAUACAAAAAUGUUGAAAGAGGGAAUUAUGCCUGAUAUUGUCCUAUAUACCAUUAUGAUACAUGGGUUGUCAAAAGAAGGUAGGGUUGGUGAAGCCGUUAAGUUAUUAGAUGAGAUUGUUCAGAGUGGACUUACUCCUGAUGCUUACUGUUACAAUGCAGUAAUCAAAGCAUUCUGUGAUAUUGGUCUUCUUGAUCGAGCUCUGUCUCUUCAACUUGAGAUCUCUGAGCAUGGUGAAUUUCCUAAUGCUUGCACUUACUCCAUUCUCAUCUGUGGCAUGUGUAGGAAUGGGCUAGUUGAGGAGGCGCAGCAAAUAUUUAAUCAGAUGGAGAAGCUAGGAUGUUUACCUUCCAUUGUUACCUUCAAUGCUCUUAUAAGUGGACUUUGCAAGGCUGGCCAGCUUGAGGAGGCACGCCUUAUGUUUUGCAAGAUGGAGAUUGGGAAAAGUCCUCUUUUGUUUCUUCGGCUUUCUCAAGGUAGCAAUAGGGCAGUAGGCAGCAUUGGACUCCGGAAAACUGUGGAGCAAAUGUGUGAAUCAGGACAAAUUUUGAAUGCCUACCAAUUGCUAAUUGAUAGUGGGGUUGUUCCAGACAUAACAACUUACAACAUUCUGAUUAAUGCUUAUUGCAAGGCUGGUAAUGUAGAUCGUGCACUUAAACUCUUUGAGCACCUAAAGCUCAAGGGGCUCUCCCCAGAUUCUGUUACUUAUGGGACGCUCAUUGAUGGGCUUUAUAGGGCUGAUAAAGAAGUGGAUGCCUUAAAGCUUUAUGAACAAAUGUUGGAAAAAGGAGGUGAACCUAGUUGUUCGGUUUAUAAAGCACUUAUGACUUGGUUAUGCAGGAAGCAAAGGGUUUCACUGGCUUUCAGUGUUUGGCUGCAGUAUUUAAAUAACCUUCCUGGUGGUCGGGUAGAUGAUUUAACCAAGGUUUUGGAGGGAUAUUUUAAUGAAGGACAAGUGGAAAAAGCAAUUCGGAGGUUAUUAGAACUGGACUUUAAGUUCAAAGAUUUCAGUUUAGCUCCAUAUACAAUUUUACUUAUAGGCUUGUGUCAGGCAAACAGAGUAAAAGAAGCAUUAAUAAUUUUUUCUGUUCUUGAUGAGUUCAACAUCAAUAUCAAUCCUCCAAGUUGUGGACACUUGAUUAAGUGUCUUUGUAAUAUACGGAGGCUGGAUAAAGCAGUAGAUGUUUUUCAUUACGCUUUGGACAAAGGUUUCAAGUUGGGUAGACAUAUUCAAAACAAACUCCUCUUGCGCCUUCUUUCUUCUCCAACUGAUAAGGAAUAUGCAGUUGCUCUUGUUAAAAGAAUGGAGUCUCUUGGAUAUACUCUUAGUAGGUAUCAUUCUAAGAAAGUGAGGUCUCUUUUACUUCAGUACUGGAGACAACAACCAAAAUACCGGAAACAUCAAGCAGGAUUGCCUGAGACGAGUGGAAAGCAAGGACUUAAUUCUCAGAAGUGAUUGAAUGACGCUGAGAGGUCAUGUUGAAUGAAUAUCUUCUUUUGGACCUUCACUAUCCUUCUCUCUUAAGCAGAAUGCUCAGAACUAAGUGUGACGUUUUGAUGAACCAGAGGUGCCUUUAAUAUUCUUCAUAUUGAGAGGUCUUUAUUAUGAGGGAGGUAGUGAAGCCACGGGAUGACUUUCCUGUCAAUUAUGAUACAGUAUUGGAUAAUCUGAUUGAACUGUCAAGUGGAAGUAACGUGCACUUAUGGUGGCCAUACGAAAUGUGAGCAGAUGCGCUGCUGUCAAAUUUUCUCAGCAGCCAGAAUGUGUGUUAUGAUUCAGUCUUCUCCACUAAUAGAUAGAAGAUUAAUAAUGAAAUGACAUGGUAGAAAGGUUUGAGGAGCUUGGACAACUACGCCUGUAGGUGAACGGCUAUGGAUUGUUGAAGGAUUUUUUUUUUUAAUCGGUAUCUCAUUCUUGGAUGUAAUUGAUUGAUCAGGUAAGAUGUUUAUUUACUCCUUCUUAAUGGCUUUCUCACUAAGCAAGUCAGGUUUGGUUUGUAUAUUAAUUUAAUUUGAGCGAAGUUUUUAUUAGCUUUGAGCCUAUAA